AUGAUGCCUGGUUACAAGCGUAUGGAAUCGUCGUCCCCUCAACACGCUCGCCGGUCACGGCGAAUUGCCAAUUUGACUGGAAACAAUGGUGUUGCAGCUCCGGUCAAAAAUGAAGAUAAUGUUGCAGAUAUCCUGGAUGAGACAGACGAGGAUGGACCUUCUCAUGAUACCGACGACGACUAUAGUUCGGAUGAUGAAGAUGUUGAGAACGAGAUCGACGAAGAUGGGUUCCGUGCCUUCGACAAAGAUCCCGAAUACCAAAAGCGAUAUAUAGUUCAAGACGAACACACCGGCAGAGUAGUCACUAUUAUCCCUCACGAGACACUACGCCCCAUCAACGGAGUCGAAUACUCAGAUUACAAGAUACAUAAGAACACUUUACUCUAUCUGAUGGACCUCAGAGCCAAUAACAGACGGUCUUGGUUCAAGCGCCAUCAAAAGGAGUUCAGGCGUGCCUGGAAAGACUGGGAGACGUUUAUAGAGACCCUUACACCCAAGGUCAUUGCUUUCGACUCUACUAUCCCUGAACUACCACCCAAGGACGUCAUAUUUCGCAUAUACCGAGAUGUUCGCUUUAGCAAAGAUAAGAGACUCUACAAGCCUUCUCCCGUACGGGUAGAAGGAGACCAUAUGCAUGCUACUAUAUCCACCUAG